GAGAGAAGAAUAUAUUCUCGACAAGUAUUUCUAUCUUUUUCCCUUUUUCUAUUCCUUUCUAUCUUUCUUUCUUUCUGUCUUUCUUUCGAGUUGGAAAUAUUCGAGAGUUUUGUUUACUUUACCGAUAUUAUCGUGGUAAUACAGCAACAAGUAUUUCCAAACGAGUAUAAAAGUGAGAGAGUAUUCGAUUUCGAUGUACGAAGUCGAUCGUACGAGGAUGCCGGAUCUUUGGUGGUAUCGAUAGUUCGUGGCCGAUAGGGAUGACGUCCCUGUGACAUGUUAGCCCGUGACCUUGAGUGGCGCGAUAGCAACAUCUUCCGUGGAGAAGCUCGACUCCCGGUGCGCGGCUCGAGCGAAGAUAACGACGACCGAUCCUUUCGUUCGUACUCUUAUCAUCAUCACCAUCAUCAUUAUCAUCAUCAUCAUCAUUAUUAUUAUCAUCACCAUCAUCAUCACCAUCAUCAUCAUCGUCGUCGUCGUAAUCAACCACAUCAGCAGCAACAACAACAUCCGUCCUCUCGUCAAAUCGAAUAUCGUGCGUUGCCUCUGCUGCAACUCAAACCAAACUUUGUUGUACCGUAUGUUCUUUGCUGGAGAUUACCUGUUCACGGGAUUUAUCAAAUCGAUCCUUUAUUUCUUCAUCACCACCAACAACAACAACAACAACAACAACAACAACAACAACAACAACAACAGCAGCAGCAGCAGCAGCAACAGAACCAGCAACAACAACAACAACAAUUACUAUUACGAGAAAGAGAAUUUCGUUACGUUUACGAUCGACAACAUUGUCGUUAUUUCGAAGGAACCAUCGGGACAUCUCAGAGACGUACGAAUAAUUCGUCGUCAUUUCUUCAAGGAUAUCGACUCUCUCUUCGUUACAACGCUUUUUCCGAACAUCUUGGAAUGGAAAAAAGACUGGACCGUUUCGUAGCGAGCAAAAAUGAAGACACGAGGUACAGACAGCUAACCGUUCAGAGAGCUAAACGAGCGUACAAAGCGAAUCGUUGCGUGAGCGGGGGCGGUAGCCGCGGAAACGGCGCGACUGGUGGUACCGGAGGCGGAGGAGGAGGUGGAGGAGGAGGAGGAGGAGGCGGUGGGGGAGGAGGAGGUGGGGGAGGAGGAGGAGGAGGAGGAGGAGCGGGAAUCGACGGUGGCACGGUGCCUGCUGCACCACCGACCACCGGCCAUCACCACCACUACCAUCACCACCAUCACCAUCACCAUCAUCUCACCAGCACGACAACAACCACCACCACGACGACCACCACCACCACCACCGGCGGCACCAGGCACCACAGGCACAGGCUGCCGGCGGGCAAGCAGUGCACCGAGCACCGACACCACCCGCAUCAUCACCGGCAUCACCCACACCAUCGCUCCCAUCAUCGGGGCAUGAACAUGGGCCAAAAGAUUUCAGGCGGCGUGAAGAGCGUGACGCGCGAGAGCGGAGCUGGAGCGGGCGGCGGAGUUGGUGUCGGUGGUGGCGGCGCAGUGGCGUACAAACCGGUGGUACCAAGAGAGUUGGCGCAAGACUUGUCGAGGCCAGCUCGUCUCGAUGUCCUCCUCGAUAUGCCGCCCGCAUCGCGGGAAACUCAAGUUCAUCACAGCUGGAACGCUGACGACCGCAGUCUCAACAUAUUUGUUAAGGACGACGACAAGCUGACGUUUCAUCGGCACCCCGUUGCACAGAGUACCGAUUGCAUACGAGGGAAGGUCGGUUAUACGAAGGGUAUGCACGUGUGGGAGCUUUACUGGAGCACGAGGCAACGUGGUACACACGCUGUGGUCGGUGUUGCGACCGCAGACGCGCCCCUUCAUAGCGUUGGCUAUCAGAGUCUCGUUGGUAACAACGACCUCAGCUGGGGAUGGGAUCUCGGUAGGAAUAAACUCUAUCAUGACUCGAAGAACAACGUCGGUGUUACGUAUCCGGCGCUACUUAAACCAGACGAGACCUUUAUCGUGCCCGAUAAAUUUCUGGUUGUACUCGAUAUGGACGAGGGCACGUUAGCUUUCGUAGUGGACGGACAGUAUCUUGGGAUCGCGUUCAGAGGUCUCAAAGGAAGGAAGCUACAUCCCAUUGUGUCAGCUGUCUGGGGACACUGCGAGAUUACGAUGAAAUAUAUCGGUGGUCUUGAUCCCGAACCUUUACCUUUGAUGGAUCUUUGUCGAAGAGUGAUCAGACAACGGAUCGGGAAGCACAGACUCGAGGAAAAGAUCAACGAAUUAAAUCUGCCACAAGCGAUGAAGACUUAUCUCCUUUACCGUGACAGGAGGUAAC